AUGACAUAAAAAUAAUUGAUAAUUAUUUUCUUUAACUUUAAUUAUUUGCAUAAAUCUAAUCUAUACAAUCAAUAACAGAAAUUUAGANGAAUUUUGUUCAGUGUGCGAAACAGAAAAAAUUACACAUUCUUCCACAUUUUAUUGUUCUUAAUGCAAGAGAAAUUAUUAUAAAGAAUUAAUUAGAGUAUAAGCUGAUAGAUAAUGCAUAGAAUGCCCUUCAUUAUGUUAAGUUUGCUAGAAAAGACCUACUGAUGAAAUUAAUGUAUGAGAAAUAAUUAUAAUAGCAAAUAAAUCCUUAUUAUAUAUAAGAUGCAGAAAACUCAAUUUAUACAUAAAGGUGCAUCUAAAAAGUUCCAUUUGACAAAAAUAUUCAUAUUGAUCCAAUGUUAGCAAUUGCUUAAUAUUGUUAUUAAGAUAAUUGUAAUUACAAAUUAGAAUUUUCUUAUGUAUUAUGAUAUUAACUAAAUUAGGAUGAAGUAUUUUGCUUAACGAUAAGCUCUUUAAAUGAUAUUUAGUAUAAUUAUAAAUAUUUAAAUGAAAUAGGACUCAAAUAAAUCACUAUCAAAACAAAUUUAGAACAAAAUUGCGAAUUUUACAGUAAUGAAUACACAUUAAAAAAUUAUUUUAAGGAAAAUAUAUUUUCAAUAAGGUUAGCUGAAUUAAUUGUUAAUGGUAGUGUAAACCCUAUAACUUUUUUUAAAAAAUGUAUUUUUUAAGUUUAAACAUAUGAUUAAAUUGUAAUAAGUAAUACUAUUUUUGUAAUAUUGUAUUCACUGGAAAUGAUAUUGACAAAUAGAGGUAACUCAAUUAAUUUUUACAUUUUAAAUACAAAGUUUUAUACAGAUUAAAGUUAACCUAUAUAAAUAUCUAUUAAGGCUGAUAGCUUAUACUAAUUUAAUAUAUAAAAUUUGACAUUUUCAGAUAUAAGCAUUGAAAAUUCAAUAGUUUUUGAUAUAUUUUUCUAAGGUUUGAAUGAAGAUAUUAUUUUUAACAAUAUACAACUUUUGGAUUGUAGAAUAAUAAAUUCAACAUUAUUUUAUUUUAACAAUUUAAAGAGUAACAUUUUUAUCAAGAAUUUUACAAUAGAUUCUUGUACCUUUGAAAAUUCAUCAAUUUUUAUUUUUAAAAUUGAUUAAAAUAGUAUAUCUAAUGUAUUUUUUAAUGAAUUAGUAAUAUCAAAUUGUUUAUUCUAAAAUUCAAAACUUAUAUAUAGUCCGGAAGCAAUCAUUUUAAAUAUUAAUAAUUUAUCAAUUAUCAAUAAUUAGAUUUUAAAUUCUAAAUUUAUAGUGUUUAAUUACAACUUUUAUUGUAAUGACAUAAAAAUAAUUGAUAAUUAUUUUCUUUAACUUUAAUUAUUUGCAUAAAUCUAAUCUAUACAAUCAAUAACAGAAAUUUAGAUGAAAAACUUAUAUGUAAAAAAAAACCAUUUAACAAAUUGUUCAUUAUUUAUUACAUAAUAAAAAUAAUUAUUUAAUAAUAUUGACUUUUUAAUAUUAAAUUUUCAUUUUGAAGAUAAUAAUCCUUCUUGUGGAGACGACAAUGUUCUAAUCACAAUAAACUGUUUUACAUUAUUAAUUAAAAAUAUUUUUCUAAAAAAUACUACAAAUUAUCAUUUUUUUAAUUUAUUAGAUACACCUUAUAUACAAAUUGAAAAUUUAGUAUAUGAAAAUUUACUCCAGGAAUAUAAAGUGCCUUAUUAAUUUGAUUGCUUAAGAAUUUGUAUUCCUCAGUCACAAUUAUUAUAAAUUUUUGGGUUUAAUAGAAUUAUUAUACAGGAUAUACUAGUAAAAAAUUAAUAUAGUGUAGAUUUAUCAUUAAUAUCAGUUUAUUCUAAUCCUUUGAAUACAUCUAAUUAAAAUGAAUUUAUAUAUAUAAAAAAUUCUAUAAUGAAGGGAAACAUUCUAUUAAAGUAGAAUUUAGGUAUACUUUUUUCUUUAAUGGAAUUUUAUUCAAAAAACUCUUUAAAUAUAGCAAUUACUAAUUUAACUUUUGAAGAAAAUAUUUUCCAUCAAUACUAGACAGAUCCAUCUUAAACUUAAGCCAGCUUGAUGUAUUUUGAUACAAAAUAAAGCAUUAUAAAUCUGAAAAACAUUUUAUGCAUUUAUAAUUCUAUGACAAAUUCUUCCUAAUCAUUUUUUUCAAUAUCCUCAGAGGAAGUCUAAUUAGAAAAUAUUACAGUCUUAAAUCAUAAUUGGCUAAAAAAAGAAUUUUGGAUAAAAUAUUAUGAUGUUCUAUUCUUAGGGGAAUAUAAUGAGAAUGAAAUUUCUUAUGCAAUUUAAUAAUCUUUUCAGAUAUCAAAUGUUGGAGGUAUUUUUUCAGUGUUUGUUACCAAAUUUACAAUUAAUAAAGGAUUUUUUAGUUAUAUUUAAGCAGAAAGCAAUUUUAUAUUUAAUAUUAAUUUUUAAGGGGAAGGGAUAGGUAUCAUCAGAAAUUGUAGUAUAAUUCAUGCAUAAAAUUCAUUAAUUUCAAAUUAUGAAAAUGAUGGAGCUAUUACUAUAGAUGGCAGGAAAAGUUUAUUAAAGAUAAUACUUGAAAAUAUUACUUUAGAACAUGUAUAUAAUAAACUAUCAUCAUCCAUAUUUUCAAUAUAUCCAUCAUUGAAAUAAAAUAACAUUAGAUUUAAAAAUAUCAUUGUUAAAAAUUGCUUUUCUCUUAUUAAUUCAAUAAUUAAUUUUUAAUCUGAAUUUAAAAAUGCAGAUAAGAAUAAAAUUUUUAUAGAAAAUCUUAACAUUGUUUAAAAUGAAUAAUCUUUACUUAUAUUCCUUCACUCAAUUGGUAAAAUUAGUUCAUUAGAACUUCAAAAGGUUGUUGAUGACAAUGCAAUGAUGAAUUUCUUAGGAUGUCAAAUAUAGUUAAUCGGAUUAAGAAUAGAGGGAAUAAUUUUAUCCUCGAUAAUUAAAAUUAGAGAUUCUAGUUCUAUAAAAUUGGGAAAUUUACAACUUGUUUAUAUUUAAACUUUUUAUACCUUAAAUUUAAUAGAUGUAUUAUAAAACAAUAUUUUAUAAUCCACAAUGACUAUUAAUAACAUUAUAAUCACAAAUUUAAUUGAUUUUAAAUAUUAGAAUUCAACUAAAAAUUUAACUUUUUAAAUGCAGGAUCAUAUUAGUUUAAAAUUUGUUCUUUGUAAUCUUAACAAUUAAUAAAUAAUCUAAUAAAUAAAAAAAUAAGAAUUUGUUGAUAAAUUUUUUGAUGAAAUUAUUUCAAAGUCCAAUCAAACUGGAUCAUUAAUUAGAAUAAAGAGUAUCACAAAUUUAACAAGGGCCUUAUUAACAAAAAUUAUUAUCUUUAAUAAUACCUGUAAUCAUUGUUGGAAUGGUUUACUGUAUUUUGAUAUUAUAAAUAUUGAGAAAAUUCAAGUUUCAGAAUUAUAUUGUAUAAAAAACAAAAUAAAAUAGUAUGGCUGUAUAGCAGCUAAAUCAAAUGAUAAUUUGGAAGGUAAAAUGUUAAUAGAUCAAUCAACUUUUAUUUCUAAUGAUGGAAGUUUAGGAUCAGGUAUUUAUGUCUAAAAUUUAAGAAUUCUUUUAUCUAAUUCUAAUAUUAUUAAGAACACAGCAUCUCAGAAAGGAGGUGGUAUAUAUUUAGAAUUAAGUGAUUAUAACUUUAAAAUAUCAUCUACAGCAAUUUGUAAUAAUUAAGCAGAUGAAGCAGGUGGAUUAUAUUUGAGUGGAAAUAAUAGAUUAAAUCAAAAUAAUUUUAUUUAAUCUCUACUCAUAUUAAAUUAAGCUUAAUAAUUUUCAAAUAAUUUAAAUGAAUCACCCUCAAGAUUAUCAUUAUUUCUUAAUCAUAUAGAAAUGGUUUCUAAAUAAGAAACAAUUGAACAUCAUCCUGUAUAAUUAUUAAUAUUAAAACCAUAUAAAAUCAUAUAGUAAGAUCGUUAAAUACAUGCAUAAUUUUUAUUUGUUCCAAGCGGUCAAUAAAUAUCAAAAUAUCAACUUUAUAAUCCUAAGCUUUAGAAUUAUUAAUCUUACAUUCAUGAUUUUAGGAUUUUGUUUAAAAAUAGCUUGAAUGAAUAAUAAAAUAACUUUUUAAACACUUCUUGUAAUAUAAUGCAAUAAUUAUUUGAUAUCUAAAAAUAAUAAGUAAUGGAAUCAACCCAAAUAUCAAAAAUAAAUUUUGAAAAUGAAACAAAAAGUUUAAACUUAGGUUUUUUAGAUUUUAUUUUUGAUCCUUUUGAGUAAGAUGAUAAAAUUUAAGAAAUUUUAAUUAAUUGUACAACAAACUAUUAUGAUGAGAGUUUAGCAUAUUUAAUGAGAGUUAAAGCCUUUCUCUGUUAAUUAGGGGAGUUUUAUAUUUCCUCAAGUUGCCAAUAAUGUUAAUCAGAAUAAGGAUUUUAUUCAGUCACAUUCAAUACAACAAAAUGUUCAAUUUUUGAUAAAAAUAAAUUUGAAGCAAUUACAUCUAAUAAAAUUCUAUUAAAAAUUGGUUAUUGGAGACCAAAUUACACUUCUGAUGAUGUAGAAUUAUGUUAUAAAAACCAAUAUCUUUGUUAAGGUGGUUGGGGUGUUAAUAAUGAACUAUGUUUUAGGGGACAUCUAGGAGGACUUUGUGAAGAAUGUGAUAGAUUUAAUGUAAGAGGAGAUGGAUAAUUCUUUAAAAAUUAAUAAUCAGUAGAAUGUGAGCAAUGUUAGGAUACUACUAAACGGUUAAUAGCAUUUUUUUUGAUUUCAAUAUGGUAUUGCAAAUUUUAAUAAAUAAUAGGGCUAUUUUAUCAACACUAUUAACUAUUGGCAGUAUUGAAAAAUCAAAUAUAUUAUUUGCAUAACUUAAACUUAGAUAAAAGUUUGCUCAUAUUUUAUUCAAACUAAAUUAAGGUAUUAAUUUAUUUAUAUUAAUGUAUUUAGAUCAUGAAAGUAUUUUAUUUAAAUUAUUUCUUAAUUAUUUAUGGAUAUUUUCACUAAUCUUUACAUUUAAUAUUAAGUUAACCAUAUCUUUAGGUAUUUUUAAAUAAUCAAAUGAUACUUCAUAUUUUAUGACUAAUUUUUUUGAAUGUUUUUUGUCUGAAAUAUAAGAGAUAGAAUUAAUUUACAGUAGAAUCAUAGUUAUGUUAGUCCUUAUGGUUUGUUAAAUAUUAGUAAUCUUUAUUGGUUUUAAAAUUGUUUCAAUUAUUAAAAACACUAAAUUCAAAAGCCUGAUUAUUUCAAUUACUAUCUUAUAAAUGUAUGUACAAAAUUAUGCUUCUUUACUUAAUCAGUAUAAAUAUUUAUUUAUAUUAACUAGAUUUUUUUCUAUUUUAGUAGUUAGAUAGAUUUCAAAUAUAAAUUAUAUAUCAGGUGAUGUAUCAUUACUGUAUGGAUCUAAAAGUCAUAUCUCUUGGAUAUAUGGAUUUUCAAUACCUGGAUCUUGUUUAAUUGGAUUAAUUUUACCCUUAUUAAUAUUUUUGAUUUUGUACAUAAAUAGAGAUUAACAUGAUAAAAUAAAGUUUAGAAGACAUUUAGGAUAUUUAUUUAAUGAAUAUACUUAAAAUAGCUAUUUUUGGGAAAUUAUAAAAUUAUGGAAAAAAACUAUUAUCAUUCUAGUCCUAAUAUAUUUUUAAACUGACAUAUUUUUUAAAGCAUAAUUAUUAAGCCUUUGUUUAUUGUUUUACUAAUUGAUUGCCUAUAAAUAUAAACCUUAUAUUCUUAAGAAACUUAAUUAAUUAGAUAAUUAAAGUGUAUAAUUUUGCUUAAUUGCAAUAUUUUUAGCAGUUCUCAAAUAUAUAUCUGAAUAAAAAGGAAAUGAUAAUAUUUCAGCCAUCAUUCAAAUAUUUAUAAUUUUAGAUAGUAUUAUAUUGAGUUAUCCAUUUAUUAUGAAUAUUCUAAAUACUUAUAUUCUCAAACACAAGGUAAAAGUCAUUUCAUUACUCAUGAAUAUGUUUUCAGCUUGUAAACCUAAUUUUGCAAUUACAAAAUUUCUGAGAAAUAGACUAAAUAAAUGGAGAUAAAAAGAAGAAAAAGCAAAAUAAAAUAUUGGAAAAAUAAGAAAAAUUCUAUUCAAACAAAACAAUAUUUUCAAAAAAUUGUAAUAUACUAUAGUAUUUUUAGGGUCUAACUUAAUGAAUAGAAAAAUUAAUACGUAUAACUAACCGUUUAGACCAAUUUCUAUAAAGAUAUAUGA